AUGGCGAGCGGCAUUGAGACCGCGGGCAUCGUGCUUGCCCUUCUUCCUCUGCUCGUCAAUCAGCUUGAUAGUUAUGUCCAGGGGAUCGAGACGCUGAAGGGCUUCCGCACCAGACGAUAUCGCCGCCAGUUCGAAGAAUGGUCGACAAGGCUGGGGACACAACAUGCCAUCCUACUCAACACACUCGAGCAGUCUCUCGAAGGCCUUGUAGACUACGACGAUGACAUCUCAGAGCUCAUCAACAACCCACGGGGACCGCUCUGGAGGGAUCCGUCCUUUCAGAAAAGUCUGGCCCAGAAGCUCGGCCGCAACUACGGCGCCUUCCUCAGGACCAUGACGGAGCUCUCAACCUUGUUAGAUACACUAUCAAGCAAACUCCGUCUUCAAUCCGCGGACCCUUUGAAGGUGUAUUGGGAUGAUGCCACUGCUGUUGAACGCGAAGUGAGAAAAUUCAAGGACAUCUUCUCCAAAUUUGUCUACGCCGAUUUGCUCGGCAAGAUUGACAACGCCAACAACUCCCUGAAGACGCUCAUAGAACAAUCGGACCAUCGGCAGGAGAGUCGACGUAAGCAUCGGGUCUCCAAGAAACCAUUACUGAAGUACAAGGCCGCGAGGAAGCAUGCUAGCAACCUGUACAAUGCUGUUGUCCGUGGGAAAUACUGGAAGUGUCCCUGCAAAGAUUCCCACUGCGUCCAUCUGCGCAUCGACGCAGAGCCCAUCGAGGCGAAUGACCACCACGAGGCAAGUCCGACGAUCCCCAGAUUUCGAAUGGCGUUCUCGACCAAAGUUGCUGACCCUAUGCAUGCCAUAUCGUGGCACUGGGAAGAAGUCGAGACAGUACCCGCUUUACUCGAGAUGCCUGUCGCAGCGCACAAGACCACCUUGGCCACUGCCCCCACUGCUGUCCAAAGGCCAGCUAAUGAUAAAAAGGUCCAGUUUGCGGUAGUGGCAACUCCGCUGCAGAGUCUCCCCUGGCCGAAACUCCCCGAUGUGCCACCAGCCCUCCCAAUCCCCGAUUUUUGUUCUGUUCUGUGCACGAUCGGGGCCAAUGGCAACCUCGCAAAAUACAUGGGCUCCAUCUCAGAUGAAAGUGAUGCGACCCACCGCUAUUGCUUCUAUCUACUGGAGAAGAAGGAGAAAAGAGUUGAGACACAGUCGUUGGAGGAUCUGCUGAGCUCUUCAUUUCAUUCAAUCGGAUCGCACACCAGUCGCCCAGCAUUUCUCUUCAGCAGACAUGAUCGACUAUUCUUGGCAGCAACGCUUGCAUCCAGCGUGCUUCAAUUUCACGGAAGCUGGCUGAAGAGCUAUUGGCGAAGUCGAGACAUCCUGUUCCCCAAGUUGGAGGGCAGUGGCCAAAUUCUGGUGGACCAUCCUUACCUCGCAGGCCAUGGCGUGAGCAAAGCAACGGCACACCCAGCCACAAGCACAAUCUCCAAUCCCCUCAUCCCCAGCGACGUAUUGUUCCCGCUGGGCCUUGUCCUGGUGGAGCUAUCGCUCUGCCAGUCUAUCUCCGCGUUAUGGAUACCGGAGGACGCAGAUUCCAUCGAACCAUAUGCGAACCUGAAAACCGCAACGCGCCUCCUCAACCGGGUAUACUCCGAAAGUGGCUGCAAGUACGGCGACGUGGUUACUCAAUGCCUCCGCUGGUCUGAAACGCGAAACUCAUCUGCGGAUGAUGAAGACUUCCAGGAACUUGCGUACCAGAAGAUUGUGUCGCCGCUGGUCGAGGAUCUCAGGGACUUUGAAGGCAAGGGUCGCAUUCGAUAA